UAAAAGAAAUGGAAAGUCAGAUAGGGAUUGGCUGCCUGGGGAAGGGGCGGCGGCAAUCGUAAUGUGAGUAUAAAACUCCAGCCUUCAGGCUGAGAGCUGUUAUCUAUCUGCUCUGGGAAGGACGAUUCAUCCUCUUGGUCUCUUCCAAGGAUUAGUGACGAAGCCUGCUCGCGGCGCCACCAUGUGGCAGAAGGGGGUAUCGCUCUUUCUGUGCUACCUGCUACUCUUCGCCUGCGGCGGGGUGGCAGGCAAGAGAGACUCGGAGAAAUCAGAUGGCGACUCCAGCUUCUGGGGCACGCUGACCUACAUGGCGGUUGGAGGAGGGCUCAUGGCUGCGGCGUUGCCGGUGGCGUUGCCCGUGCUGGGCUUCACCAGCGCUGGCAUUGCCGCCAACUCAGUGGCCGCCUCGCUGAUGAGCUGGUCGGCGGUGGCGAACGGGGGCGCCGUGCCGGCCGGGGGGUUGGUGGCCACACUGCAGAGCGUGGGGGCUGCUGGUGGUGGCAGUGCUGUCAUGGCCAAGAUCGGUGCCCUUCUGGGCUACACGGUUCACAAGCACAUUGAAAACAGCAGGGAGGAGGUGGAGGAUGAGAAGUAGCCAGGAACUCCUUCCUUUCUCCUUGAUCUCCUUCCAGUUGUAGUCCAGAAAGUUCUGUUACAGUCAUCAACGACCUAGGUAAAUAAAUGGAAUAAACUUCUCUCAGAAA